UCUGUGAUAACUGUGACCGUUGCUGGUUGUUACUCUGUUUAUUAGACAAUGAUGAUGAAAUGUCGUCUUGUGUUUUGACUUUUGAGAACUUAAAAUAAAUCUUCAAAUUCGACGCUUAUUUAUAGUAAUUUAUUGUAUUUCAUAAAUAUGUAGAAUAGUUCACAUGACACUUUUCAACUCAUAAUCUACACUUUAGUCUAAUGUGCUGCCUACUGAAAAUUGAAAAAUUAUGAUAGGCCUAUUUCAAGGUUUUUGGAAAAUGAAACUCGAUCUUAGAAGUUAACCUGCGUUUCUUCUUCAUGAACUAUUUUUAGGUCCUAGAUCCGCUAAAAAGGACUCCUCUCUCAACUCCCCCAACGAGUGGAGUGGCCUUUCAACGAGUUGGCUCUUCACUAUAUUGUGUAGAGGGUCGCCGGAGUUCCAUCUGCCCUGAAAGCCGCCACUUACCAAAAAAAUGGUGAAUACACAGCUGUUGAAAUUUCGGGGGAUGGCUUCAUAAAAUGUGGCCGGGCUACUGCAGGAAUAGAGAAAUGAAUCAGCCGCGAUUCGAAGUGUUAUCCUUGAGUUUCAAUGUGGAUUCGGAUUGGUUCAAUAUGGUGUCUCCCACUCCAUCAGAACAUGUUGAUUGGACAGAAUUUGCUAAAGGUAUUGGCAUAGUAUGUCAUAUAUCUUCGUCAGCAUGUGACGCUUCAUACUCUGGGCAACUUGUCAAGGUAAGCGGAGUACUUUUGCUGAUAGGAUUCGGCAGUUGGCUAUGCUGCAAGUUAUUGAAACUGUACACAGUUGGCGCACUUGGAGAUGAUAAUGACAGCACAAAUCAGCCUGGUCACUCAUCUUUCAACUCCUUCCUCAAGACCUGCUACUUUGGGCCAACAAACGUGAAUGAGGAUGAAUCAAACUCUGUAUCUAGUCAAAAAAGUAGAACUCAUAUCAAAUUCAAUGAAAAACAUGAUAAUUUUAAACGUCACACAAGGUAUGAAAGAGCUGCAAGAAAUGGAAAUAUUUUUAAGGCUCCUCAUCAAGCAUCUCUAUUCCAGAGGUUGAAAUUCCUUGUAUCGCCAGAUUCAUUCAAUGGAAAGUCAACAACAGACUCGUCAAGUAAAUCGAGUCCAAUGUGUUCAGCCCAACUAUCUUCAUUUUCGAGUCCAAUUUUCUGCAAGCCGAGCCUCUCCAUGGACAGUCUAGGUUUGUUUGGCAAUGCUCGUGAGAAUUCGAUCGACAGCAUCUCUGAGCUGAGUUAUGAGGUAGAGUCGACUUCGGCAGCUGUGGCGAGACUCGAUUUGCUGCAACAAGAGAUCGAUCAAAUAAAGUAUAACUGCCUUUCGAUGGAUCAAGACUUCAUCACCAUCAAAUGCAACAGGAACCUUCCCGGACUAUCCAAUUUGAUUGAGACUGGCGAGGAUAAUCCAAGCACACCAACCUCGGAGGAGAUUCAGAAAGCAAAAACUUGUUUCAAAGGUCUUUACAGUUUAACCACAAUCAACCGGAGUUUAUCUCUGGAUUUAACUGAUAACGCAAUGAGCGAGUGCUCAGUCAAAGUGUCCUCAAUUGAAGAGGAAGCGCUGCCCAGUUUGGAGUGGGAUGAAUUGGAUGAUCCUACUUCUUGCGCUUCACAGUCAUCUGAUAAAGUAUCGAGUGGUGUCUUCAGUAAGCCAUGUGAUAGCAUGGGGUCUUCCCAAGUCUUUUCAGAGGCUUGCAACCUUGAUACUGAGUCAGAGACUAAUAUUCAAAGGUCUGUUAGCUGUGAAAGUGCUGUAGCCAUGUCGGAAGGUUUUAGCAGUGCUAGUGUUAGUGCUAUAUCUUCACCAGACUCUGAAAUAGUAAUUGAGAAUAUUGGGCCUAAACUGGACAUAAUUGGUUACGCAUCUAACGAAUGGAAAGGGCAAACACAAAAAGCUGAAACUAUUUUAAAGGGAUACUAUGAAGCGUCACGAAAUUUAGGCUUCAAUUACAUUCGAAGGAUUCGUGGAGAUAAUUACUGCGCAGUACGGGCUGCCACUUUCCAAGUGCUCAGUCAAGGCCUAACCGUGCCUAGCGGUCAACAUGUUUAUGAACGAUUGACCAACAGCAGUGCAUCCAGUUAUCUUAGUGACUGGAGCUUCUCCCGAUUACCGCAGUAUUCUGAUAACAGACUGCAAGGAAUAAGACAGUGUCUUCUUGCGUUUGAUGAAAUAGUUGGAAAGCUGGAAUGCUGUGAGGAUGAAUCCAGCCGAUCGAGUCAACUUGAGCAUCUGCUCAACUCAAAUCCACAAAUCGAUUUACUCGUCAUGGAAGCAGUCAAACUGUUCAUGUUGGACAAAGCAAUCACUCUGCACAGUCAAAUUUCAUCGGGCCGCGAUGUGCCCCUACAUGGUAUUCUACUUUUCUCGAGGGAUACGAGCGUCACUCCUCAAGGCUUCCUUGAAAAUCAUCUGUCCAAGGUUGGGGAUACGGGUGGUCUCGAAAUGGAUCCUGAGAAGGUUGAAAUGUUACUGCUUGGAGACGCACUGGGAGUUACUUUAAGGGUGAUCAGACCAUCUGUAUUCGGCACUGAAGGCUUCAUCUGCUUUUACCCUGAAGAACAAGCCACUCCACAAGUUACUUUGAUUUCUGAAGAUGAUCGCCAUUACAAUAUUCUAGUCAACUGAAUACUUCUGACGGCAAUAGACAAUAUUUCAAAGCUACCAUGUGAUAAAAGAUAAAUACUUGAAUGCUAUUAAUGUUGUGUAAAAACAAUAAAUUCUCGUUAACCAAAUAA